AAUCAAUGUCGACAUCAAGUAUCAUUUCCCAUGAUAUAUUUUAUCAUCCAAGUUAGAGAUUGAUUGACAAAUCCUCUUAAUUUAAAGAGGUUUACCAUAUAUAAAAAGCCACUCUCAACAAUUUGAGGUACAAACGUUUCAGUCAUCAACAAGAUACAUCACGUAAAGGAUGAAAGUUAUAUUACUUCUCGCUAUGGUGGCGUUUGCAGCAGCUACGCCUGCCAUUAAGGAACAAUGGACAUCUUUUAAGAGACAACAUGGAAAAACUUACAACAGCAUUGAAGAAGAUCGUCUUAGGAUGAAUAUUUUUACAGACCAUCUGAAGAUGAUCGAAGAACAUAACGCUAAAUUCGAAGCUGGUCUAGUAACAUACUCAAUGAAGAUGAACUUUUUAGGAGAUUUGCUACCAGAAGAAGUGACCCAGUUAGGAUUUAACAGAACUGGAGAGAUGAGGCAAGUACCCAGCUUCACUUUCAUUCCUCCCGCAAACGUGGAAAUCCCAGAAUCCAUUGACUGGAGGACAUCUGGUGCAGUCACCCCAGUGAAAAACCAAGGUAGCUGUGGAUCAUGUUGGGCUUUCAGCAGUACUGGAGCCAUAGAAGGUCAGCUCUUCAAAAAGACAGGAAAACUCGUCUCUCUCAGUGAACAGCAACUCAUGGAUUGUUCAUAUAGCUAUAAUAAUAGUGCGUGUAGAGGCGGAUUGAUGGAUAACUCUUUCAACUACUUAAAGGAUGUUGAAGGAUUGGAAAGCGAAAAUUCAUAUCCUUAUGAAGGAAAAAAUAAGAGAUGUAGAUACAACGAAAACAAAGUAGUACCAGGAACCAAAGUCAAAGCUUACACUGACAUCGAGGAAUUGGAUGACGACGCUCUUAAGGCAGCCGUAGCUACAGUGGGACCCAUCUCAAUUGCAGUCACUGCUGACAACAGAGGUUUCAAGUUCUAUGGAUCAGGUGUUUUUGAUGGAGAAACAUGCGGGAAUAAGUUGGACCAUGGAAUCCUCCUGGUAGGCUACGGAUCUGAAGACGGCGAAGACUACUGGCUCGUCAAGAACUCCUGGGGCCCAAGGUGGGGAGAGAAUGGUUUCAUGAAGUUGACAAGAAACAAGAAAAACGCCUGUGGCAUUUCAUCUAUGGCAAGCUAUCCAAUCCUUCAAUGAGAACCAGAAACGAUAUUUCAAUUAAUCUGUUUCACUUAAUCUUUUUUUUCUGCUUCAUUGGUACAUUACUUCAUUAAAUUUUGGACCAAACAAAUCUAAAAGGAUAAUAAACAUUAAAGUCACUCCAACAGAACUUCAAAUUAGUUAAAUAAAUGCCUUUAUGCAUUAAUUUAUUUAUUCUUUCUUCCUCACCUGAAUUUUAAGUAAUUCGAAAGGUUUUUUAACAUCAUGUAACUAAUACCAGGGAUUUUCCGGCAAUACGAAUCCUUGUCUUGAUUU